AUGCCCCUCCUCCGGCUGCUCCUUACACGUGUCUCUCCGUCGAGAGCACAAUCCCUGCCUUCCCUAAGGUCAUGCACGCCCCGCGUUUUCCUUCAAAAAUCUUUUCAGUCCCGACAGCAAUGUAGUCCGAGACGGCCCUUCGCCUCUGCCGCCCCGAGCCCCGGACCUCGGACCGUGUCAAAACCCGCCGGCGCCGGAGGCUCUGCCCGGCCCGGAAGUGACGAGCUGCCCGAGAGACUCCUCAUCUACCACGCCGGCACCGGCCGGACAGCAUUCCUGGCCUUCUGGAAGAUCACGAGCGUCUUCUCGUGUGCCUUUUUUUGCCUCGUCGCCGCGCCUAACUACAUCCGCACUGAUGACAAGACGCUCAUCGAAGCCGCAGGGCUGGCCGCCUGCGGCAUCAUCCCUCUCCUCUUCGUUGCCUACACCUCGGCUCCCUUCGUAACCUAUAUUUACCUCCGCCUGCCCCCGUACGCGCGGCAGUCGCGCGCCCUACUCGAGCGUUACGUCCGCACCCUCCCGCCGACGGCCCAGCUUGAGCUCGGCACCAUGGGCCUCGCCACCCGGCCCAGGACGACCCUCGUCUCCGCCGCCAACCUCCGCCCCGUCUCGCCGCAGGCGGCUGGCGGGGGCCUUGCGACGCGCCUCGGCCUCGUCACGCACGUCCGCGAUGUCUCGGCUCUCAUGGCGAAGCGCAAGUGGCACCACUACCGCCCGGUGAGCCGGUUCGGCAUCCGCGAGGAUGUCGCCUCUGGUGGUGGCGCUAAGAGCGGCGGCAAGGGCGCUACCUACGGCGUCAAGGAUGGCUGGGUCUGGACCAUUGUCCGUGAGUCGCUGGGUAAGCGCAAGUAA